AUGUCUAUGGACAAGAGUUGGAUUAAUAAACACAGGCUUAGUGUUGAAUAUUUGAAUGGAAUAAACAAAUUUAUUGAAUUUGCAUUCCAAAAUUCAAGUGAUAGUGCUGGAAGGGUUUUAUGUCCUUGUGUUAAUUGCAUGAAUGCAUUUUGGGUUGAUCGUCAAGCCAUUGAAGACCAUUUAAUAUGUAAUGGUUUCAAUCCUCGCUAUACACACUGGGAUUGCCAUGGUGAUGUUAUGGCAGCAUGUCCAACCCCAUCUAAUGUUGUUGAUAUACCUGCUCUUGUUACGGAUCAUGAUGGCAUUGGAAAUUUUGUUCAUGAAACACUUGGUAUGCAUAAUCAAAAUGACAAUAUCAUUGAUGACAGUGAGUAUCAAAACCAGGGAAGGGAAAGGGGCAAUACAAGUAGGAAUUCAUUGAAUGAAAAGUUUCAUAAUCUGAUGAGUGAUGCAUAUAAGGAAGUUUAUCCUGGCUGCGAAAAGUAUAGUAAAUUGUCAUUUAUCCUUUAUUUCUAUCAUAUAAAGACUCUUUGUGGAAUGACUAAUAAGGCAGUGACCAUGAUGCUUGAGUUCCUUCAAGACUUACUGCCUAAGGGUUCAAGUAUUCCUCGUAACGCUUAUGAGAUGUUACAGGUUGUCAAAAAAUUAGGAGUUCGCUAUGAGAAGAUUGAUGCUUGUCGUAACCAUUGUAUGUUGUUUUGGAAGGCAGACUUAGACAAAGAUUUUUGUACUAUAUGUGGCACUUCCAGAUGGAAAACAAAUGAGUCAGAUUCUUUGGGACAAGGUGCAUCAACAUCUAGGCAUGCAAAACAUAAGAGAAAAAUAGCUGCGAAAAUUUUACGUUGGUUUCCUUUAAAGGAAAGGCUUCAAAAAUUGUAUAUGUCUUCAAAGACGGCUCAAUCAAUGAGAUGGCACAAGGAUGAGCGUAAGAAUGAUGGUAUUCUGCGUCAUCCAGCAGAUUCUGAAGUGUGGACUGAAUUUGAUAAAAAAUAUCCUGACUUUGCAGUUGAUCCACGCAAUAUUAGACUUGGGUUAGCCGCUGAUGGUUUUAAUCCUUUCGGAAAUAUGAGUGUAAGCUAUAGUAUGUGGCCCGUGAUUCUUAUGCCGUAUAACUUACCUCCUUGGAUGUGCAUGAAACAAACUUCUUUCUUUUUAUCCUUGCUUAUUCCUGGAAAAGAUCAACCAGGGAAUAAGAUCGACGUGUAUUUGCAACCUUUGAUUGAUGAAUUAAAAGAAUUGUGGGAGGAUGGAGUGGAAACAUAUGAUAGCUACUCUAAAGAAACUUUUAUGUUACGUGCUUCGCUCUUAUGGACCAUUAAUGAUUUUCCUGCUUAUGCAAACUUGUCUGGUUGGAGUACUAAAGGGGAGUUUGCUUGUCCAACUUGCAAUUAUGAGACUUCAUCAAAGUGGUUGAAUCAUAGUCAGAAAUGGUGCUAUUUAGGACAUCGUCGAUGGUUAGAUAACAGUCAUAAAUUUCGAUAUGAUACCACAACAUUUGAUGGAAAUUGUGAGUUUAGGUCCUCCUCUCCAUUGUUGAGUGGUAAUGAUAUAAUAAACCAAAUUGGAGAUGUGAAUGUCAUUUCAGGGAAGAAGAGGAGAAAGGCAGAAACAAGUAAUAGGAAUCAAUGGAAGAAACAUAGUAUCUUCUUCUCAUUACCUUAUUGGAAGGAUAUUAUGGUGCGUCAUAAUCUAGAUGUAAUGCACAUCGAGAAAAAUGUAUGUGACAACAUUAUUGGGACAUUACUGAACAUUGAUGGGAAGUCUAAGGAUCAUUUGAAGGCUCGCAUGGAUCUUAAACAAAUGGGGAUAAGAUUGGAGCUUCAUCCACAAAAUCAAGAAUCUGGCAGAAUGUUCUUGCCACCAGCUUGCUAUUCUAUGUCAAAAAAAGAGAAGGAAGCAUUUUGUACUGUGUUGAAGAAUGUGAAAGUUCCGGAUGGAUAUGUAUCUAAUAUUUCACGUUGUGUGGAUCUUAAGCAACAUAAGCUAAUGGGAUUGAAGAGUCAUGAUGGUCAUAUACUUAUGCAAGAACUUCUUGCUAUAGCAUUGCGAGGUGACAAUAUGCUCAAAGGUGUUGAAUAUUGUGGAGCUUGA